UUUAGAUCAAGAUGUAUCUAAUCUGAGCUGACUGAAGAGCAGCAGGCGUCUGCUAGCAAGGCUAACUGAUGAUUAAGGUCAGUCUGUGACUGCACAGACAAGGGGACUAAUAGACGACAAACAUCGCCAUCCUUCAGAUCCGCUGUCAAGGAUGUCUUUUAACAGUUUCUUGCUUUGAAUUUUCAGAAGUUUGCUUUUUUGUGACGAUGAUCGCAAGGUUUGACCCCUGGGUCAAAACUGGGAUCAUGAUUAGAGAAUAUGCCAUCAAGCUUUGGAGCACGGCAGCCUCUGGUCUCAUCUUCACCUCUCUCUGGACCAGACUUAGCUGACGCCCCCUCGUAAAAACAUGCUGUGAGUCACAUGACCUAUAAGUCAGGCUGAAGGUGUGGAAACUUCGCUGUUCAAAUCAGAAACGGAGAAAACAAAGGCAGACACCAGAGCAGCUACACAGGAAUACCUUUUGGGUUCUGUUUUUUCUUAAAGAAUUUUGACUUCAAAUUUAGCUAAAAUAUAAGGAAACAGUUUUUUCUCCCCCACAUUGGUAAGUUACUUCUUUUUUUACUCUCAGAAAUAAUCAAACUUAAAUUCUAAUGUUGAAAUUCAAACAUUUUACUGGUUUGUUUCAUUGAAUGACAUCCCUGGAUGUACAGUAAGGAACAGUGGCAAAUAAAACAAAUUUUACAAAUCUGGAGAAAUGGGGAUGUAUCUCUGUUUAUGCAAAUUGUGGAGGCAGCAUCUCAUAAAGUGGCAUCUAUUUCUUUUGCAACAGUCAACUAGCGCAAACACUGGUUAUUCCUGAAGUGGAGACACACAUUUGAACUUAUGGAUGCUAAUUGUGAGCAGUGGACAGACGGCUACACCGAUGAAGGAAGUAAUGAUGACAGCGACUCAGAUGAGAUUCUGUGUGAAAUUCAACAGCGGAGCUGUGCCACUGACCUGAAUCGACACCCCCAGCUGGACAAAGACCUCAGAGACGUCACUACUCUGUACUCAGACACUGCAGUUGCUGUCAGGGAACAUGAGUUGAUUGAUGGCGUUGACGUUGACUUGAAAAUUAAAGCCAGCUGUUUGACUGAGCAAGUGGCCACUGCUUGGGCAAUCAGUCCAUCAGAACCAGUCGUGGUCCGACUGCAUUUCUCUUUGUCUCAGUACCUCGAUGGACCUGCACCUUCAGUUGAGGUCUUUCAGCCAUCAAACGCAGGCCAUUUCAGUGUAGGACGACAGCUGCAGAACAUUCUCACCAUCUUCAUAAAUCAGGAGUGGAAACACCUGAGAAAUGACAACAUAGUAGCCUGGCAGAAAUGCAGACACAGCUGGUUCAGACCGAGUGGGACCAUGAAGAAGUUCCGUGCCAGACUCAGCAUAUGGCUGCCACUUUCAAAGUCAAGUAAGACUGAGGAUCCGACUGUAAAAGGAAGGAUGAAUUUAACAUCAGUGAAACGACACCGUCUCAUGAGCCACUCAACCUCAUACACCAUCAAGAAUCCAUCUGGAGAGCUGUUCACAUACACUCCCAGUGGAAAGAGGGUGAUGGUCUCAGCUGUGAAAUCAUCGGCACACCUGAGCACCAAACAGCUGGUGGAGCUGCUCUUCACCUCUCAGGCCAUUGGCCCCAGCAAGAGCAAUCCACCUCUGCAGCAUGGCUUUUUGGUACAGAUUAUGAGAUAUGCUGAGCAGAGAAUCCCCACUCUGAAUGAGUACUGUGUUAUUUGUGAUGAGCGGCAUGUCUUUCAGAACGGCCCCAUGCUAAAGCCAGCUGUUUGCAGCAGGGAGCUGUGUGUGUUUUCCUUCUACAUGCUCGGCGUCAUGUCCGGAGCAACAGAUGAAGUUGCAACCGGUGCGGAGGUGAUUGAUCUUUUAGUAGCCAUGUGCAGAGCGGCCCUUCAGUCAUCCCGCAAGAGCAUCAUCUUUCAACCGUACCCCUCUGUUGUUGACCCAAACAACCCCAAAACUCUGGCCUUCAGUCCAAAGAGAAAAAGUUAUGACAGACUGCAGAGAGCUUUGGAUGGUAUCCUGUUAAUCAGGACUAUGGCACAGGGUUCAUAUUCAGAAACAAAGAAGCAAAUGGACAAGAUAGACCCUCUGGCUCAUCCUUUGCUACAAUGGAUUUUAGCCAGCAACAGGUCUCACAUUGUAAAGCUUCCACUGAACAAGCAACUGAAGUUCAUGCACACCCCCCAUCAGUUUCUGCUGAUCAGCAGCCCUCCAUCCAAAGAGGCUCGCUUUCAAACUGCCAGGAAACUUUACGGAAGCACCUUUGCUUUUCAUGGGUCCCACAUUGAAAACUGGCACUCCAUUUUGAGAAAGGGAUUAGUUAACGCUUCUUAUACAAAAUUUCAGCUUCAUGGAGCUGCAUAUGGGAGAGGCAUCUAUUUGAGUCCAAUUUCAAGCAUUUCCUUUGGAUAUUCUGACAUGGGUAAAGGUCAACACCAAAUGCAAACUAAAACAGAACUUUUAAAGAAAUACAAUGGAAUCAACAAAUUUAAGCAGGAGCAGCUGGGACAAACCAGGUUUCUGCAAAGCCGUAACCUAAACUGUGUUGCACUGUGUGAAGUAAUAACUUCAAAAGAUCUUCAGAAGCACGGAAACAUCUGGGUUUGUCCGGUGUCCGACCACGUCUGCACGCGCUUCCUCUUUGUGUAUGAAAAUGGCCAGGUGGGGGACAUGCACAUCAACACCCAAGAAGCACAAAUCCAGAAAGAAAUUUUACAAGUAUUUGAUUCAAAGCCACGCUGAGAAAACCACUCACACACGAAUGUAUCUGCGCUAACCUUUUUUUUUAACCUAAGUAUAAAACUUCAAAUGAACAAAAUGUAUCCGUGAAAUUUCUUAGCUAUUCAAGUUACGUUUAUGACAGGAUUCUGGCCUUCAUGGCUUUUGAUCUAAAAUUAUUUUAUUUACUUUCAUUUCAAGCAAAACAUUUUCUUGGUUAAUAUUUAGAGUGUAGUUGCCCUAAAGAACAGAAUUCUGCAAAAACAAAAAACUACUUUGUAAAUGUUUGACGUUUUUAAAUA